CAUCAUUCAAGAAAAUUAACAGCAAAUGGAUAGUUAUGGUUCCCCACACACACAGAGAGAAUCAUAGACUUCAUGCUGGCUUUGUUUUCAGCUUGACAGCUUGGCCCUCUAGCCCACCCACCACCCCCCACGACUCCACUCUUUAUAACUCCCCCCCUCUUCCUCCCUUAAACCCUCACCAUACCCUCAAAACACUUGCAUUUCAAGAAUUCAACAGCCAUAGCCCUCUCCCUCUCUUUUUCCAUCUCUAGCAUUUCUUGUUUUGUCUUCAAGAAUGGCAGAGGUGGCACAAAACGUGAGUCAAGAACAAGUGGUAGUGGUAACUGAUGUUCCACAAGCUGAGAAAAAAACACCAGCCCCACCAACAAUGCCAGUGGCGGGGAAAGAGCUGCCAUUGCCCGUGCCUGAGACUGAGGAGGAGCCAAUGAAGCCAAAGCAGGCUGAGGAGGCUGUUGUGGAGACUGAGGCUUUGAAAGCUAGUGGAGGUGAUGAUGAGAAGAUGCCUCAGUUGGUUUCUUUUAAGGAAGAAAGUACUAAAGUUGCUGAUCUUCUUGAGUCUGAGAAGAAAGCACUUCAAGAAUUUAAGCAACUUGUUCAGGAAGCACUUAACAAGCAUGAAUUUAGUGCUUUAACAACAACACCAGCACCAGCUAAAGCAGAGGAGAAGAAAGAUGUGGUGGUGGCCUCGGAGGAGGAUAAAAAACCAGCCCAAGAAGAGGAAACACCGGCAGUAACAGAGGAGAAGGAAAACGUGGAGCCUCAAGUUGUAGCAGAGAAAGAAGAGAAGGAAGAGGUGGUGGAAAGUGAGGUUCUUGAUGAUCAAGAAAAGGUGGCUCCCGUUCCUGCUGUUGCUAGUGAUACUACUGCUGUUAGUACUGUGGAUGAUGAUGGUGCCAAGACUGUAGAAGCCAUUGAAGAGACCAUUGUAGCUGUCUCCUCUUCAGUAGCUUCACAAGAGGAGCCUUCAGCUCAGGCAACAAAAGAGCCUGAGGGAGAGACAACGGCUGCCUCAACAUUGGACGAGGCAACCAAAGAAGUAAAGUCUGAGACUGUGGUGGAAGUGACACCAGAAGUCGUAUCAAUCUGGGGCAUACCACUUCUUGCUGAUGACAGAAGUGAUGUCAUUCUCUUGAAGUUUCUCAGAGCCAGGGAUUUUAAGGUGAAAGAUGCCUUCAACAUGCUCAAGAACACAAUUCGCUGGAGAAAGGAGCUCGGCAUUGAUGAAUUGCUUGAACAAGAUUUGGGCUGUGAUGAUUUGGGGAAGGUGGUAUUUAUGCAUGGUCUCGACAAAGAGGGACACCCAGUUUGCUACAAUGUCUAUGGGGAGUUCCAAAACAAGGAGCUUUACAAGAAUUCAUUUUCUGAUGAAGAGAAGAGGCAGAGAUUCUUGAGGUGGAGAAUUCAAUUCCUGGAAAGGAGUAUUAGGAAAUUGGAUUUCAGUCCUGGUGGAGUCUCUACUAUUGUUCAGGUUAAUGACUUGAAAAAUUCUCCUGGACCAGCUAAGAGAGAGCUUAGACAAGCUACUAGACAGGCGCUUCAAUUGCUUCAAGACAAUUGA